CCAAACCCGUCCAAAACCCAUCCUUUUUCUCGUUUCCUCCCACCCCCUCCCCCCUCUCGGCUCCAAACGCAAGCGCGAACGCUCUCCCUCUCUCCACUCCUCGCGCUCUCCAUCUCCAUGAGAGCCUAAACGCCACAGCCGCCGUCAAAGCUGACAAGACCGCGAGAAAAAGGGUGCAUUUUUUCCCCUCUCCCCCCUCGGGCGCCCGCGAUGCCGCCGUCGCGGUCGCUGUUCCUGCUGCUCAUGCUCGCGCUGGCGCCACUCGAGUCGCCGGCGGCGCAGGCGCCGGCGCCGCCGGUGGCGCGGACGGCGGAGGUGCAGGCGGAGAUCGACGCGCUCCUCGCGUUCCGCCGCGGGCUGCGCGACCCCUACGGCGCCAUGUCCGGGUGGGAUGCGGCCUCGCCAUCGGCGCCCUGCUCCUGGCGCGGCGUCGCGUGCGCGCCCGGCGGCGCCGGCGGCCGCGUCGUCGAGCUGCAGCUCCCGCGGCUCCGCCUCUCCGGCCCCAUCUCGCCGGCGCUUGCUUCGCUCCCGUACCUCGAGAGGCUGAGCCUCCGGUCCAACUCGUUCUCCGGCGCCAUCCCGGCCUCGCUCUCCCGCGUCACCUCCCUCCGCGCCGUCUUCCUCCAGUACAACUCCCUCUCCGGCCCCAUUCCCCAGUCUUUCCUCUUCAACCUCACUAACCUCGACACCUUUGACGUGUCCGGCAACCUCCUGUUCGGCCCCGUCCCCGCUUCAUUUCCUCCCAACUUGAAGUACCUCGACCUCUCCUCCAAUGCGUUCAUCGGCACCAUCCCGGCGAGCAUUAGCGCCUCGACGGCGAACCUCCAGUUCUUGAACCUGUCCUUCAACCGACUCCGGGGGACCGUGCCGGCGUCGCUGGGCGCCUUGCAGAACCUGCAUUACCUCUGGCUGGACGGGAACCUUCUCGAGGGGACCAUCCCUUCGGCGCUGGCCAACUGCUCGGCGCUGCUCCACCUGAGCCUGCAGGGGAACUCGCUCCGCGGCAUCUUGCCGUCCGCGGUCGCCGCAAUACCCACGCUGCAGAUUCUCUCGGUGUCGCGGAACCGUCUCUCCGGCGCCAUCCCGGCCGCGGCGUUCGGCGGCCAGGGGAACUCGUCGCUGCGCAUCGUGCAGCUCGGCGGCAACGAGUUCUCGCAGGUGGACGUGCCGGGAGGGCUCGGCGCGGAUCUCCAGGUGGUGGACCUAGGGGGUAACAAGCUGGCCGGUCCGUUCCCGACCUGGCUCAUCGGGGCGGGGGGAUUGACGCUGCUCGACCUCUCUGGCAAUGCGUUCACUGGCGACUUACCGCGGGCCGUCGGGCAGCUCACUUCGCUGCAGGAGCUGCGCCUUGGCGGUAAUGCUUUCACUGGCACCGUGCCCGUGGAGAUUGGCAGAUGCGGCACGCUCCAGGUGCUUGAUCUCGAGGACAACCGCUUCUCCAGCGAGGUGCCGGCCGCUCUUGGCGGUCUCCCAAGGCUCAGAGAGCUCUAUCUUGGCGGUAACACUUUCUCCGGCCAAAUUCCGAUGAGCUUGGGGAACCUGUCUUGGCUGGAGGCAUUGUCCAUACCGAGGAACAGGCUCGCUGGUGGCCUGUCUGGUGGUCUCUUCCAGCUGGGGAAUCUGACGUUCCUGGACCUAUCAGAGAACAACCUCACCGGAGAGAUUCCUCUUGCCAUCGGUAAUCUGUCCGCUCUCCAGAGUUUAAAUUUGAGCGGCAAUGCCUUCUCUGGUCGCAUUCCGACGACCAUUGGCAAUCUGCAGAACCUGCGAGUUCUCGACCUCUCUGGUCAGAAGAACCUAUCUGGCACUCUCCCAGUAGAGCUUUUCGGCUUGCCACAACUGCAGUAUGUGUCGCUCGCUGGCAACUCGUUCUCCGGCGAUGUUCCUGAAGGAUUCAGCAGUCUUUGGAGCCUGCAACAUCUCAAUCUCUCCGGCAAUUCUUUCACUGGGUCAAUCCCGGCUACAUAUGGGUACUUGCCAUCGCUCCAAGUGCUUUCGGCCUCUCAUAAUCGCAUUUCUGGGGAGCUGCCUGCCGAGCUCGCCAAUUGUUCCAACCUCACUGUGCUUGAGCUCAAGGGCAAUCAGCUGAUUGGCUCCGUCCCGAGUGUUCUCUCACGCCUUGGUGAAUUGGAGGAGCUUGACCUCAGCUACAAUCAGCUAUCUGGCAAGAUACCACCGGAGAUUUCCAACUGCUCGUCGCUUGCCAUUCUCAGGCUUGAUGACAACCAUAUUGGUGGCGAGAUACCAGCAUCUCUCGUCAACCUCUCGAAGCUGCAAACAAUUGACUUGUCGUCCAACAAUCUUACAGGCAGCAUCCCUGCUUCAUUAGCUCAGAUUCCAAACCUUGUAUCAUUCAAUGUGUCACACAAUGAGCUUACCGGUGAGAUACCGUCAAUGCUUGCCUCCCGCUUUGGAACCCCUUCAGCAUAUGCUUCCAAUUCAGAGUUGUGCGGUCCGCCAUUGGAGAGUGAAUGCGGUGAGUACUGGCGGCGCCGCAGGCGGCAGAGGCUGCAGCGCCUGGCUCUACUGAUUGGUGUGGUGGCUGCCGCGGUGCUGCUCCUUGUGCUAUUCUGCUGUUGCUGCGUGUUCAGCUUGCUGCGAUGGAGGCGCCGGUUCGUUGAGAGCCGUGAUGGUGUGAAGAAGAGGAGACGCAGCCCCGGACGAGGCAGCGGGUCAAGUGGCACGAGCACUGAGAAUGGUGUCAGCCAGCCGAAGCUGAUCAUGUUCAAUUCCAGGAUCACCUAUGCUGAAACAGCUGAGGCGACUCGGCAGUUUGACGAGGAGAAUGUGCUCAGCCGAGGCCGGCAUGGUCUUGUGUUCAAGGCUUGUUACAGUGAUGGCACCGUGUUGGCCAUCUUACGGCUUCCCUCCACCUCGGCUGAUGGUGCUGUGGUGAUUGAUGAGGGCUCGUUCAGGAAAGAGGCCGAGUCCCUCGGUAAGGUGAAGCACAGGAACCUGACUGUCCUCCGUGGCUACUACGCCGGACCGCCGCCGGAUGUUCGUCUGCUAGUCUAUGACUACAUGCCCAACGGCAACCUCGCCACAUUGCUCCAAGAAGCGUCCCACCAAGAUGGCCACAUCCUCAACUGGCCAAUGAGGCACCUAAUCGCCCUCGGCGUCUCCCGCGGCCUUGCAUUCCUCCAUCAGUCCGGCGUCGUGCAUGGCGACGUCAAACCACAGAACAUCCUCUUUGAUGCCGACUUCGAGCCGCACCUGUCUGACUUCGGCCUUGAGCCGAUGGUGGUGACCGCGGGAGCCGCAGCGGCAGCGGCAGCCGCAUCAACAUCAGCGGCAACACCAGUGGGUUCGCUCGGCUACGUCGCCCCCGACGCGGCUGCUGCUGGGCAGGCAACAAGGGAAGGCGACGUCUACAGCUUCGGCAUCGUGUUGCUGGAGCUCCUCACCGGCCGGCGCCCCGGCAUGUUCGCCGGGGAGGAGGAGGACAUCGUGAAGUGGGUGAAGCGGCAGCUGCAGCGCGGCGCGGUGGCCGAGCUGCUGGAGCCGGGCCUGCUGGAGCUGGACCCGGAGUCGUCCGAGUGGGAGGAGUUCCUGCUGGGCAUCAAGGUCGGGCUGCUCUGCACCGCGCCGGACCCCCUGGACCGCCCGGCCAUGGGCGACGUGGUGUUCAUGCUCGAGGGCUGCCGCGUCGGCCCGGACAUCCCGUCCUCCGCCGACCCCACCUCCCAGCCGUCCCCGGCGUAGCUCACCGGCGCCCCUCGGCCGGCACUGUCAGAUUCAAUUCAGUAGCUUGUUCCAUUUGUUUUCGCUAAUUCUUUUUCCUGAUUAGUUAAGAUUAGUCUUAGUCUCAGCUAAGCCGGCCGGCCGGCGUGCGCUUGUCGACCGUCGAACUGACAUGUGAAGCCGGGAACCGUUUCCCGGCAAGGAAGGAGGCUGGCCCAAGGGUGGAAGUAGCCGUUGGGCGUCCUAAUCUCGUGGUUAGGGGAGGUGUCAGUACCGGGAAGCAAAUAACCAUGUGGAGCACUGGUGCUUGGCACAGCAUGAUGCUGCCAUGUUGCAUGUGGGGUUCCCUGCCCACCCUCAACGGCUACUAAUACUGCAGGAUCUGGUUGUGUCUCCUGGCCAUUGAUCUUGGCCGUCCUGUACUACCCUGUACUCUUGUAGGAAUUGAUUCGCGUAGGGGCCUGCUUGGCUUCCUGGGAUAUUGUCUUAUUAAAUCUCAUUUUACCUGAGCUGGAUCUUUGUAUCAUGUGCUGUAUAUUUGUCUGUAUUUUGUUAUCCCAGUUGGUUCUAGUGGAUGGAUGAUGCGUC